UUGAUGAGCAUGAUGUCCGCAACACGGAAUGUACCGCUCACGCAAUUGGCCUUGAAGCGUGAACUUAAGCCUGUGAGCGAUAUAACUUUGAAACACUGUGAUCAGUCAACUCCGGCUAUCAUGCGGCCGGCGGAGAUUUUACCCCGUAAACGACUGCUGUAUAACACCGCCAGUCCCCAUGCAGCCAGACGCAGCGCAGCACAAACUGAGGAGUCGAGCACUUCCGGAAGCGUCCCCACAAAAGAUAUGCCGAGACAUCUUCCAUCCCCAGCACACAGUGGAGGCUGUCUCUCCAGCCUUUUACGCAUUCCUUGUGAUGGCUUGUCUAGAAGCAGCGGAAUGGGCGCAUCAACCGUAUCGCUGCUGGUGCACGCACCAAGUUUAUCUCGAAUGAGUGGACAGGUGGACGAUGAGGAGGACGAUUUCAGCUUUUGUACUGAGACAGGCCUAACCAACUCCAUGGUCGUAAGGCGCAAUGUUGAUUUGAACCAAAUGCGCCACGGAUGUCUCGUAUGUCAGUUGGGUCUGUUAGGAAAGAAGAGAGCAACAAACUUGAAUCUACUCAAGAAACACGUCAGUAUCGGUGCCGUCAAUGUCUUUACAUUAGCAGAGGAUAUACGUGAAGUCACUGGUGGAUACUAUGUCCCUGCUUUGUGUACUCUUCACAAGGAACUAGGAUGGAAUCCAGACUCCCUGACAGAGGCCGUCGACCUAUAUCGUGUUUUCAGUUCAUCUAAGAAUCCUGUGAUCUCUGUCAGCCUACCCGACCUUUAUCAAGCAGCUCAAGAUUCUUAUCCCAACGACAUGCCCGAGGAACCAACAGAACUCAACGUUCAUCCAACCUCACACCAUGUCGAAAGCGAUAUUGGCCGAAAAACUAGCACAUCCCAGGAAAAGUGCAAAAAUUGGCUGGAAGAUUUGGGAAUGACUUGA